AGUUCUUUCGCACAUGCGUAGAACGUUUCUGGCUCUGCUCGGUAGUCGAAGCUGAAAACGGUUGUGUACUUUAUAGCAGAUAAAUAUUUGAGCUGCUGAAGUAACGAUGUGUUCAGUGGAGUAUUUGAGAGAGUUUGUUAAUGAGCGACUAACGGCUGCUGCUGAAGAAAUAUUCGGAGCCUUUGUAAAAACGAUCGUCCAGAAUGAGGCCGAUGCCAGGCAGCGCAUACUCCGGGAUAUCACCGUUAAGUUCCCCAAAAUAAAGUUACACAGAAUAGAUCUCCCACAACAUGUCUGCAAUACGGAGGUUCUCACAGACCAGCAGCUCUGCAAUGAGGAGAGCAUCUCCAGUUUGGACCAGGAGGAAACGGUUCCUCUGCCGAUUAAAGAGGAACACGAGGAACACUGCUUCACUGAAAAUGAAGAGCAGCUUGUACUGAAGCAGGAAACUGAAACCUUCAUGGUGCCUUGCACUAAUGAGGAAAGUGAUGAUAAUGGACCCAAAACAAGCACUGACCAGUUCAUGUGUCACAGCUCUCCUGGAUCUAAGAAUCAUUACCAGGAAGCAGACAACCAUGUGGACUCCAGCACAAAGCUGAAGCCAAAGAAGAGACAACACGGAAACAAAGACCAAUAUGCAUGCAAGGAGGACAUUCUCGAUGACAAAUGGCUCUUUAACCUGGAGAAUAAAUCUGGUCUGAACCAGCAGGACCUAGGACUUCUACAAAUAAAAGAGGAAGAGGAGGAACUCUUCACAAAUCAGGAGGGAGAGCAGCUUGUACUGGAGGGAGAGCAGCUUGUACUGGAGCAGCAAACCAAUCCCUUCAUGAUCUCUUCAGUUUUUGAGGAACAGAGUUCCUGUAAAGAAGAGCCAAACAGCCAGCUCCUUUCUCACGACUCUCUAUGCCAGGGAAGAACAGAUGAGAAACCAUAUUCUUGUAACACCUGUGGGAAGAGAUUUAAAUACGUUUCAACAUUGAAAGUACACACGAGCAUUCACACAGGGUCUCGAGGUCGCGGGGGGCAGCAGCCUAGAGAAGCCCAGACCUCCCUCUCUCCAGCCACCUCCUAAUCUCUUCAGGUUUCCUGGGUCUGCCCCUUUGCCUCACCAAGGAGGCCCCCAGGAGGCAUUCUUGUCAGAUGCCCUAACCACCUGAACUGGCGCCUUUCAAUAUGAAGGUGUAGCGGCUUUACGCUGAGCCCCUCCCGGAUGGCCGAACUCUUCACCCUAUCUCUAAGGGAGAACCCAGCCACCCUUUGGAGAAAGCUUAUUCCGCCAUCAAAGCUCGUGACCAUAGGUGAGGUUAGGGACACAGACCAUUACGGACCGCUAUAGCAUCCACAUCACUGCAGCCGCUGCACCAAUCUGUCUGUCCAUCUCACGUUCCCCUCUCCCCAAGACUCCAAUACUUAUACUCUCCUUGGGGCAGAGUAGGCACUCCACCCUUUCCAGCUGAGGACCAUGGCCUCAGAUUUGGAGGUGCUGAUUCUCAUUUCCACUGCUACACAUUCAACUGCAAACCGCUCUGGUGCAGCCUGGAGGCCAUCACCUGAUAAAGCCAACAGUAACACAUUAUCUGCAAAAGCAGAAUGAGAUUCUGAGACCGCACAAGUGGAACCUUCUGCCACUUGGCUAUUCCUAGAAAUUCUGUCCAUAAAAAUUAUGACUAGAAUCACUGAAAAAAGUCCAACACUCUUGUGGUGCCACAAUCCGUCCUUAUGUUCGAACAUGGUGUUUCUUAUGGACAAAUUGUUAUUUGCACAGACAUCAACACAACACUUAUUGUAGGGUCUACCUUGCAAUAUAAAACACCUUGAGGUGACUGUUGUGAUUUGGCGCUGUAUAAAUAAAAUUGAAUUGAAUUGAAUUGAAUUGAACACUGCACGGGUUCAGAUCUGGCAGACCAUUCCUCAAUCAAACUUUCUUUGCCCACAUGAGCAUUGAAGUCUCCCAGUAGGACGACCACACCCAGGUACUCCAAGAAGGCUGGGUACUCUAAACUGUCAGUUUAUACAUGCACUGAAUAGACCAUUUUCAUUUUGUAUUUUUGUUUUCUUUACGUGUGGUAUUUAUUUUGUGGUGUAUGAUCAUUUGGAAAACUGUAAAUAAGGCUAUAAUAAUUAUAAUUGUUUUUUUUAUUAUUAUUAUUAGUUGUAGCAAAUUCAAAUUCCUACAGCAGCCAGGCUGUGAUUUGUUCAUUAUGCAUGGUUAGAGGGGUUACAACAUUUGUUUGCAAAAUACAAAGAAAUUCAGUCAUGAAAAUAUUGAUAAAUCACAGAUCUUUCUGUCAAAAAUUUGUACAUUUGCACUGUUUGUAAAUGAGGCUCCGUGAUUCCAAACCAGUGAAUAAAACAAUAAAACCAUACCUGGUUAACACACACUGCGCACAAUCCCAGAACCCAGGGAUUGUGUUGACAGUGAAUAAAACAAAAGGCAGCCAACAUCAAAAGAAAAGCUUUUGAAUGCCGUUCAAGCAGCCUGGAGAACUUUUCCUAAAGACUUUGUUUUUGCCUUACUUGUAAACAAAAUAUAAAGACGUUUGUGUGUGUGUUAACAGGUCUAAACUUUAACUCGAAAUUUUGUCCUAGAUUCAACAAUUUAAACCUUCGGCUUGUUUUUGCUACUAUAAUCUAUUACCACGUAUGGUAAUAUAAAAUAUUUCAGCAAUGUAAGUUAUGGAGUUAAUGUCCCCCAAUUUAUUUUUUUCAGUAAUGAUGGAAAUUUGGCAGUAUAAUAAAAUUGAAAACAGAACGAGAAUGCCAGCUUUUCAGCUGAUGCAUCUGCAUGACUGCAUGACAUUUAGGAUUUUUUUUCUUUAUGAGAGCAAAACAAACUUUUUGAAUGUUAUUUUUAUUGAAAAAUGGCAUGUACAAAAUUCCACAAGUGUAUUUUUUGUCAAUACAUGUCAGAGGUGUAACUGUCUAAAUCUAAUAAUUUUCUUUCUACCUCAGUAGUGUUUGAAUUAUGAUGCAAAGAAACCAUAGAGUUCUACCCGAUAACUAGACUUUAAUUUUUUAGAACAUGUUUCAUUUUGUAUCUGUUCAAUUAUAUAAACUGUGUUUCAGUGUGAGGCUAGCAUACUGAAGAUGUGUAUACAUUAUCUGCAGUAUUGUCAAGCGUGCUAUAUAAGUGAAGUACAAAUGAUUUUUUUACAAGGCUUUCUAAAAUGAGUCUUUCCAAUACUAAUUCAAAAGGAUGUUUAGGAAAUGUAUAUGAAAAUCGCUAUUGUAACCAUGAGCAUCAUCAUAACUAAAUGAUGAUAUAGUAAGUGUUCAGUACUUGUUUUUGUGAUCAAAAAUAUGUAUUCUAACAAUAAAUAUUCAUAA